AUGGCAACACCAACAGCAACAACGACAAGAGCAACAGCUAGGAGAAGGAGUUGGGUAAGCAAUCUAACAUCAUACGCAGCUCGCAUCUAUUUCUUCCUCAUCUUUCUACAGGUCCCUCUCUUCAGGAUUCCAUGUAGAGCAGGCAUGUGUUCGACGCCAAUCCAUGUGACAUCGUCCCAGUUGAUUGCAAGUGAGGUCUUUCCUGUUCCUGUAGUGAAAGCUCUUCUCUACCCUGGAGCUGUUUUGAAUGGUCUUGUAAGGAACAUGACUGUUCCGAGCUGGGAUAACCUGUUGAAUAUCUAUAACUUGACCAGUGUGAAGGAAGCACCUGCAGUAACUGAUCUUCAGCGCUUAGAGGUUCUUGCUGGAAGCUACUUUUCUGUGGCUGGAGCUCUUGUGGGCAUUCUAAAACCUGGGAGGAUGAGCAUGUUUGGAACACUUCUUGUAAUCUGGGGGCUUGUCAAGGAAGGGAUCCUAGGAAAGCCAGCGAAUACAGAUCCUGCCAAGGCUGUAUAUGUCUACCCUACAAUGUUGAUUGCCCUGAUCUGUGCCUUCUCAUCAGUGAAGUAUGAUAUGAAGAAGGUUGUAGGAAGUGCCCCUCCUCGGCCCAUUGCAAAGCCUCUGCAGAGCUCUUCGAAAUCUAAGCUGAAAUGA